UAGUGCUGUCCAGACAUGGCGGAAUCCGAGCGCGUGCGCCCGUCUGCGCGGAGCUGGGCCGCACUGGUUAUUUUCCUGACGGGCGUGGCGCUCGCACAGGCCGACCAGCGGGCCGACAAAAGCCGGUAUCCAGACAGUGAUCGUACAGCCGCCUUCGCCGACCCCCUGAGAGACUACCUACUGAAGUACCACGCUAACACCGCCCGGGAGUCAUGGCUGCCGUCCAAACGUGUGGCGGAGUACGUGUUCGGGCACGGGCGGACCAACGACCUGGAGAACCGACAGAGGAUGGCCUGGCUACACAAGGUCAUCUCUUCCCUCGAGUCACCCGGAAGCAAGUCUUAACACGUCAUCGCUUACGUCACACCACGUCACGAAUGCCCAGCCAA